AAAGUUGAUUCUUCACAGUAUCGUUUCGAGCCGCACGUUUUAUGCUAUUUCCCCCCUCAAAACAUGAUAAGUCAGUUACCAGUCGUCAGAUUUUGGUAUUAAUGUCUGUAAAGAGAUAACAGUAAUGUCUCUUUUUUUUGUCUUAAAUCACUUUCGUGGCCACUUUCAUCACGAACAGCCGAUUCUUUGGGUUAACAUUGUAAAAACCUAAGCGAAUCUUCUUAUCGGCUGUUUUACUUUUUAAAAACAGGCAGCACAUGUUUUGUCCACGUUUUCAUUUCAUUCUAGUUAUUUUUAUAUGCAACCCUGUCAGAAAUCUGCGUGACACACACACGGAAUCGACUCUAAAGCUUCGAAGCUUCCUGGAAUCAGAGAAUCGACUCUUUUUUUUAAACAGCCUUCUUGGCUAGUUACUUUUGUGGAUCUCCCGUUACUGGAUGAGUCAUUUCAAGCCAAAGCUCUGAAGCUGAGACCUGGUCAGAGAUUUAAUGCGUUGUAAAGUUGAGUAAAAGGGACGUAGCUAGCUAGCUAGCUAACUAGCUAGCCUGUUUAUCUGUGUGCGACACUGUUAGCUAAGUUAGUACUGCUAACUGACCGUGUUUUGUUUGUCUAGCUAUCUAACUAAAGUCGUGUUGUUUACCUCGGAUUUAUUCGUUUUAAUGAAAAAUUCUGUCCAAACAAACAAGGGAAACGUUUUUAUUGUUAUUAUUAAAUAUUAACCUUAACAAUCCAGCUGAAUAUCUGUCUUUAAAGAUAAAAAAAAAACAAAUAGGAUUUUUUUUUAGUUUUAGAGAGAGAGAGAAACAGCAGCACAUUUGGUUCCGAGUGUGUGGAGAAAUGUCAGGGCUGUCUUUAAAAACUCAGCAGAAGGGGGAAGAAAAGGACAACCCGGUUGUACAGAAGACUAACAGACAGGUAGAACUACCUGGAGAACAACCUCAGACUGUCUUCGUCAUCCUCGAUUCAUCCGAAUCUUACAAUCUGCUCAGAGUGGAACCACUUUUACCCGAGUCAGGAAUCGUCGCUGACAUCGAGGUGGACGACAUCCUCACGUCCGAUUUGGACACCUUUUAUCAGCUCAAGAGUCAGCCCAUUACAGUCAGUGGCACAGUUGCUCCCGCCACUCCUGCUGUGACCCUGAGCACAUCCGCUAUGUCCUCCCGGGUGUUGAUGAGGCAGGAGCUGAUGAGGCAGCAGGCGCAGGACCAGGAGAGGAGAGAAGCCCAGCAGCAGGCGUCCAGCGCUCAGCUUCGGCCCAUCGACUCGACUCCCGCCAUCUCCGUCUCCUCCUCUUUGCCCAACACUCGCCCCACGACCACGCAGGUCCCUGUGGAGGUGCUGAAGGUUCAGACUCACCUGGAAAACCCGACUAAGUAUCACAUCCAGCAAGCUCAGAGGCAGCAGGUGAAGCAAUACCUCUCCCACACUCUAGGCAACAGAGUGGCCGGUCAGCUGACCAUUUCUCCAUCGCCCCAGUCAGGCUCCGCCCCCGAGCUGGCGCCGGCCGCCAGCAGCACUCCCAGCAGCCCCCUGGCUGUUCUGAGCCUCAGCUCCAAUAAAGAGGAGAUCGAUGGCGUAAUCGAUGACAUCAUCAGCCUGGAGUCCAGUCUGAACGACGAGUUCAUGACGCUGAUCGACACCGGGCUGCAUCUGCCCAACACGGUAUGUCCCAGCUUGCUGCCUGUCUCAGGAAAUCUCCUGGACGUGUACAGCAGUGCCGGGAUGACCACGCCCACCAUUACCGUCAGCAACUCCUGUCCCGCAAACCUGCAGAACGUCAAGACGGAGCUGACAGGAGCCGAGGAUUCUGGAGCAUGUGAGAAAAUCUUAUUCUAUGCCGAGGCUAAAGCGCUCAUCAAGGAACGGCAGAAAAAAGACAACCACAACCUCAUCGAGAGGAGGCGGAGAUUCAACAUCAAUGACCGCAUUAAGGAACUGGGAGAGCUGGUGCCCAAAUCCAGUGACCCGUCAGUAUCAAUCCCACUUGGCUCCUACCGGCAUGACGAGAUGCGCUGGAACAAAGGCACCAUCCUGAAGGCGUCGGUGGAUUACAUCCGUAAGCUGCAGAAGGAGCAGCAGAGAGCUAAAGAGAUGGAGCAGAGGCAGAAGAAGCUGGAGCACGCCAACCGCACGCUGCUGCUCCGUAUACAGGAGUUGGAGAUGCAGGCUCGUCUCCACGGCCUCGCUCCCUCUCACCAUACAGACUCCAUCAUCAACCAUCAGCAGCAGCAGCAGCAGCAGCAGCUCACGUCAGUGCAGUCCAGCGCUGAGCCGAUCUCCAAAACACUUCUCACUCUGGGCGGCCCCACAUUAAACCACACCCACGUCUCCUCCUUACUCUCCCCUCCCCCUUCUGCCUCUCCAGUGGGCGGAGCCAUGACCAUCCCAUUAGACCUGGGAACUCUGUCGUUCGGCGAGCUGGAUGACCACGCCUCCUCCGUGUUCAGCUCCGGUCUGAUGGGGGGAGAUAUGGGCCUGAGCGAUAUUCUGAUGGACGACGGCGGCGCCGACCCCCUGCUGUCCUCCGUCUCGCCGGGAGCGUCAAAGACCAGCAGCCGCAGGAGCAGCUUCAGCAUGGAGGAGGAUUUGUGAUGGAUUUAACACUGAUUAGCCCAACGGAGCUAAGGCCUAACGUCUCCAUCCCUGCCUGUGCGCGUCACAAAACUGGCCAAUCGAGGGCAACGUAUCCCGCGGUCGAUCCGUCAUCGUAAUCGUAGUACUGUUAAAAAAUAUAUAUAUAUAUAUAUAAAAAUAAAACAAAAAAGAUCACCAUGCAGCAUGGCUCUUGACUCCUGCGCUGAUGAAGAGACACCUGACAAGUUUUACCUCGGCGGUUUAGGGAUACCGGAGUUUACAAAGGACCGUAGGAGGUGGAGUUUAGCGGUGAACAAGACGACGGCGGUGACGCUAGCAGACCUGUGUAGGUUUUAAAAGGAUUCUAAGCAGCUGACAAGAUCUUAUGUCUCUUAUCGUUCUGCGUUAGAAGCAGGAGUUUUAUUUUGUACAUCUGUGCUCACUGACCGACCGACCGACCAAACACUUACAUGAUUUUAUUAUGUUUUUAAUCAUUAUUCUUCUUUUUUUAACAGCUUCACACCCAUCCUCCUCCUCCUCCUCCUCCUCCUCCUAUCUGUUUUACAAAACAAACUCGUUUCUUACGAGCCCUUUAUGCAGGCCGUGCGUCACGGCGACGUGCAUCCAAAGAGCCGAUGAUGAUUUUUAAAAGACUCGCGAACAGGGAUCGUAUUUUCUGGACCGAUUUUAUAUAAGAUAUAUUCAGUGCUUCUCGUAUAGAGAUUUUAGUCCCGAUCCGUUCAGGACGAGUCGUGAUCACGAGCGCCGGUCGUAGGGAUACGGAGGAAGCUUUAUGUCGUCAGGAAGAUUUUAGAGCAGAGAUAAUAAUCUUAUAUAAAAUGGCGACCUGCUCGCCGUAGCGAACCGAGGAAGAAGAGCAAAGUGUUUAAGCAACACUGUAUGAUGUAGAAACGUAUAGUCCAGAAAAUACGUCUCAAAGUUUUUUGUGUUAUGCCACCACGACUCCCCCCCACCCCCCGAAAGUUCUCGCGUUUAAGCCUCCCUCAGGAAAACGAGCGGCCAAAAACGACAACAUCGCAUCUAGAUAUUAAAACGACCCAGAUCACCGCUUCGACACUCGACUGACCCAAUUCCGCUCUACCGAUUUCUUUUACCCAGGAUAAAAAUCAUUGUUUUAGAUCAAUCGGGUCAAGAGGACGUCUUCAUUAUCGGCCUAAUGAUGAUGAUGAUGACGUAAAAUGACAUUCCGGCAGAGAAGAGGGCAGUCUGAUGUAUUUCCACAUAUGUACAGCUUUGUGUUUUAUUAUUUGUUGUGCUAACAUCCUAUCAUUUGAAUCUCUUUUUACACUCUUUCUUUUUUCUUUAAUAGAUGCACUUUAAUUGCACGUUGACUCUCAUCACGUUUCCCACAUUAACACAAAAUUAAUUAAUAGCAUUAGACUGAACUGUCAAAUCUGCUGUGAAACAUUUUUUUUUUAAAUCAGCGUUGACUUUUUUUUUUUUUCUUUUUUUUUUCUUCCUCAUUAUGGUCAUUACUUCACUCGACGAUCAGAUGAUGAACGUUUUGCUAAAUCGGCAGUUCGGAGUUUAGCUGACGUUUCGGAACGGAUCAGCACGUGGUGUCGGUGAGCCGAUCUUCACCACAGACCGAUUGCGACACGCACGAGUGAAAUACGAUUCAGGCGUCGGGGCGACUUUUCUUUUAUUAUUUUAUUCUGUCGUUGCCAAACUUCACCUUCACCUCGAUGAACUGCUAAUUAGAGGAAACGCUCUGCUUUGUUCUCGGUGUGAGUGUCAGAGAGCACAGAAAGCUUUUAGAAGCUUACAAGUUUGACUUUACUCUUGAGGUUUGGUGGAAGUUUUAAACUCUUAAAACAUGUUUUUUUUUAUGUUUCGAGUGACUCUGGUGCUAAUUUGUCGGUCAGCAUCGUAUUCACGUUACUCCUGUCACAAGCUGUUAGAAUCGAAAAACGAAAACGAUGUGUCGGCGCUGAUGUCUGAAGGAGAUGGCGAGAGAGCUGGACAGACAGCCCGAACGAUUAAAGUGCCGCUGCAUCGCUCUGUUCAGGUAGAGACGUCAAUUAAUGAAGUUUAGACUAAAAGAAAAAAUAUGCAAGUUAAGUCCGGGGUGGAUUUCUGUCGGACCUGACGCGUCGUUAACGCUUGGUGUGUGCUACUUGUUUAACGUAUAUAGCAACGUACGCAAAAAUCUCUCGAAAACUUCGCCAUAUUCUAACAAAUAAGUGCAGUAGCUUUUCCACUGGAUUGCGAUCGUAAACGGCUUGAACGUGACAUGAAAAAGUUGUCUAUUUUCAGAUAUUUACUCCGGUCUAGUUUUUAAAUUGUGUGCUAUAGUAAGUAGGACCACAGGAUAAUGGACGGAUUUAUUGUUGUGCUGGUUAAACAGACUGUUUUCUUAUUUCCUCAUGGGGAGAAUGUCAACGUCACAAAUGCCUUCCUCUUUAAAAAUGAAAUUAAAAAAAUGUAUAAAUAGAUGACGUGGGCGAACAAUAGGAACGUUUCAGACGAAGCGAAAACGAUCACGUACGCAUAAAUCCGAAGUCUAUGCAAACGUCUGCGGCGCGCGACAAGCCGCGCCGUGCGGACGGAGAGCGUCUGCGUAAAGAGCUUUCUCGUCGGCGCUGUACAGAAACGCAUGCUCACGUCAUGACUACAGACGCACGUCUCAUAUAAUAUAUAACGUAGCAGAUCCCCGAGCUAUUCAAACCACUCGUAUUCACUCCACAGGGAAAUGACUGUCCUCAUAUUUACUAUAUUUUUGCUACAAAAAAAACAAACAUGGCAUUUCUGUAGACGUUUUCCUCGUCCUUUUUUUUUUUGGUCUUUUUAGAAACAGCAAUACGUCACCGUCAUCUAUUUUUGUAAUACUUGAAAUAAUGUGCAAUUUAUGUUACGUGAGAAACGAAUUCGGCCAAUAAACAGCCAUGCGUACGUUUUAUUUCUCCGGUCAGAUGUACAGGAAAUAUUACAAAUAAAUAUCGGACUUGUGAGUAAUGAUGAAUACACCAGAAGGAAAAAGCUCCUUGUUUUCACUAUGUGCAUCUGGGAGAAAGGGAACGUCCGAACUGUGCCGAGCGUCUCUGUGGUCGUGCUCUUUGUGUGUGAACUUUGUAUUUCUGUAUCUUCACAACUCCAGUGACAACAAAAAAUCAUUCAUUUCAGUUCUGCUCAAUGUGUAGGGUUUUUUUUUUACUUUGUAUGGAAAUAUAUAAAUAAAGAUUUAAAAUAUCA